GUUCGUGUGCGUGUGUGUCCUGGCCCCUCCUCUUCACUCCUGGUUGCCCAUGACGACUGAGCUCUGCUGCUGUUGCCAUGGUGAUUCGCUCCGACAGCUUCUUCAAGAUGGCUGCACACGAACGUGCUGAAUGUUAUUUUUAUUAAGACUGUUGUGCUUUAAUAUUGGAGGGCCGUUGGUGGGCGGGGCUUAGGACCCCCAGUCACACGUGACACGGGACGAGGGAAAACAUGCAUCCUCCUCUUCAUCUUCAUCCUCAUCGCCAUCAUUCUCGACAGAAGACCACACGCAUGAUGGACACGCAGCUGCCUCGUCCUCCUCAUCUCCCGCGCUAAGUCGCGGGGGGGGAAAAGGCCCACUGAGGCCGGCGGUUCCGGUCCGGAUCAUCGACUAGGUCGGGCGCGUGCACUGCUGGACAAAGAUGGUGUACGCGUCCACCAACACGGUGGCCAUGGAGCGCUCCCUCUUCGCUCCAGCCUUUUCCUACCCAGUGUCCUUCAACUACUCGGGGAGGGAAAACUCCACGGUCCUGGCGAGCUUGGCCACGACCUCGCCCGCCAACGUGACCCCAUCCUCCUCCGCGCUGAGCCCGUCACGUGAGGAAGAGCUGACGUCGGGCGAGGUGGCGGUGUUGGCGCUGGUGUUCGGGGCGGUGUGGCUGGUGUCCAUCUUGGGGAACGCCCUGGUGUGCGUGGUGAUCCACCGCAGCCGCCGCACGCAGUCCACCACCAACUACUUCGUGGUGGCCAUCGCGUGCGCGGACCUGCUCAUGAGCGUGGGCUGGGCCCCCCUGGUGCUGGUGCAGGUGGUGUGGGGCCGAUGGCCGCUGAGCGCCGCGGCGUGCAAGGCCGUGCGGUACGUGCAGCACCUGUGUCCCGGCGUGCAGGUCUACGUGCUGCUGUCCAUCUCUGUGGACCGCUUCUACACCAUCGUGUACCCGCUCAGCUUCAAGGUGUCCCGCGAGAAGGCCAAGAAGAUGAUCCUGGCCUCAUGGGUCUUCGACGCCGCCUUUGUGGCGCCGUGCUUCUUCUUCUACGGAUCCACGCCCUCCGACAGCCGCCACUGCCACUUCUUCCUCCCGGACAGUUUGGGCGCGGUGGCCUACGCAGCCGUGCACCUGCUCGUCGGCUUCGCGCUCCCCGCCGGCCUGAUCGUGUGCUUCUACCAGCGCGUGGUUCGCUACAUCUGGAGGAUCGGCGCCGACGGCCACACGGUGCGGCGGACCACCAACGCGGUCCCUCGGACCAAGGUAAAGACCAUCAAGAUGUUUCUCGUGCUCAACUGUGUCUUCUUCGUCACAUGGACGCCAUUCUACGUGGCACAGUUGUGGCACCCCGGCGAGACGGAGGGCAGCAGCCGGCGGGGGCUGCUCUUUUUCGCCGCCGUCGCCUGGAUCUCCUUCAGCUCGGCGGCGUCCAAGCCCACCUUGUACUCGGUCUACAACGCCAACUUCAGGCGGGGCAUGAGGGAGACCUUCUGCAUGUCCUCCAUGAAAUGUUACCGUAGCAACGCCUACACAAUCACAGCCAGCUCGCGCCUGGCCAAGAAGAACUACGUGGGCGUGGUCGACAUCCCCGUGCACGCCAAGACCGUGGCCAAAGACCACUCGUUUGACACCAAGGACAAGAAGGUGGCGUGGACCGCCAACGGCAACCCCCACAACACAUUUGUCUGACACGCCCACUUUAGUUAGCGUCAUGUCUAGAGAUGUCCGAUAAUAUCGGCCGAUAAAUGCUUUAAAAUGUAAUAUCGGAAAUUAUCGGUAUGGUUUUUUUUAUAAUCGGUAUCGUUUUUUUUAAUUAAAUCAACAUAAAAAACACAAGAUACACUUACAAUUAGUACACCAACCCAAAAAACCUCCCUCCCCCAUUCACACAAAAGGGUUGUUUCUUUCUGUUAUUAAUAUUCAGGUUCCUACAUCCAUCCAUCCAUUUUCUACCGCUUAUUCCCUUUUGGGGUCGCUGGAGCCUAUCUCAGCUACAAUCGGGCGGAAGGCGGGGUACACCCUGGACAAGUCGCCACCUCAUCGCAGGGCCAACACAGAUAGACAGACAACAUUCACACACUAGGGCCAAUUUAGUGUUGCCAAUCAACCUAUCCCCAGGUGCAUGUCUUUGGAGGUGGGAGGAAGCCGGAGUAUCCGGAGGGAACCCACGCAGUCACGGGGAGAACAUGCCAACUCCACACAGAAAGAUCCCGAGCCCGGGAUUGAACCCAAGACUACUCAGGACCUUCGUAAUGUGAGGCAGAUGCACUAACCCCUCUGCCACCAUGCUGCCCGGUUCCUACAUUAUAUA